AUGAUGUGGGUCCCCACUAUAAAGCAAAUGCGUGCGAAAUCUGGCCAGAAACGCAAUAUCGUGCUCGAGAAAAUGGACGCGUUCGUCAGCAAGCUGUACUGGAUGUACUACGUUCACUUGCCGUUCUACGUGAUGACAUCUGACGAUGCAUUCUACUUGCAUGUUUUCUUCCUGUCGAUAUUCAGUCUCAGUCUGUUUGGUGUGAUUAAGUACUGCUUUCUCUGA